AUGGCGGCCAAAAUGGCGGCAUUUAUGUGUAGAAAUUGUAGCAGACUUUGGGGAUCAUUUGCACCUGUUUCUCUCACCCAGAGAUUCUUGUUUGGGCGAUUACUCGCACAGAGGUAGGUCAAGUUAUAAAUGAUAAAUGCAAAACACUAAAGCUCUGGAAGACAGGACUCACCCUAACCUGUCCUGACCCACACCGCAUUGCUGGGUUACCUCGGUGUAAGAACCUGUGAACUUUUUCUUUGUUUUUUACCUCUUGUUUCCCAAGGUUUUAUUGUGUUGACUUCUUUGUUUUCUUUGCUUUACGUCACCGGUGAGUUUAAAAGGUUCUUACACCAAGGAUAAGCCGCACUGCUCAAGUCAGUACCCCAUUUUAUCACUAAAAUUGUACAGUAAGCUCUCUCCCGUGACAACAUCGUGAUGCAAAUGCGGAGUGGAGAAAGGUUCCAAAUGUAAACCUUUGAAAGGAAAUAACUAGAGAUGCAUGUACAAUGUACGUCCAGUACUCAUAACAGCAAGAUCCCCCCCGGUGUGGGGUGGGGGGGUGACUCUUGGGAAUUCUUGUUGGGGUUGUGCGGCCUAAAUCCUGACCCUAUUUCAGACCAAGAAAUUUUAUUUUCAACACCUGUUUUUAGAAAUCGCCUCUUGAUACCUGUCUCCUUUUUUUGAGUGAGGUUCUCUGUCCAAGGGGUGUUAGGAUUUUUAGGGGGACCCGGAAGUGAAGGGGGACCCGAAAGGAAAAAUCGCCAAUAGAAGAAUGCACAUAUUAAGGAUACAAUGACUUGUUUUAUUCUGAAUUUUGCUCUCUACAAACAAGGUUUCUAUAUGUACAUGUAUUAGGUGCCAGCAGAUUGUGCCACAGUGUUAUUGCAUUCCAUCACUUUCAGAACUUUCUUUGCUACGGUACUAAAUAUUAUCUUUUAGGCAUCAUUCUGGUUAAGUUUUUGGGGGUGAUAUUUUUCAAAGUCGAAAAGGUUCUGUGAUUUCAAUCUACAUUUCACUGACCAGUCUUUUUGAUAAUAUUCUUUAGGUAUCUAUGCAGCACUGCAGCAGAGUUUAAAGAGACACCAGAAUCCACUGAGGCAACGGAAUAUAAUGAAACAACAUGCAAGGCAAAAGAAAAUGCUCAUCCUACGUUACCACAUAUGCUUCAAAGAAAAGGUAUGGGAACUCCGGUCAUUGAAGAAAAUAAAGAAGGUAAGGAUGUGACAAAAUAUUGUUCAUGCAUGAGAGAUUUUCUUUAAAAUUCCCUUAAAGGAGCUGUGUCAUGAAAUUCAGCCAAAUUAGGUAAUUACAAAAUCCCCGUUAAAUUAAGAAAAACGGAAAAAUAACUGCUUAAAACGUUAAAGGAAAGUUAAAAUAACACAACAGAUACAGCAGAUGCCAUGGAUGGGCAAAACUGAAGAAGACUGAAAGGGAUUGAAAUUAGGGCUUUUGAAAACUGUUCAGCCUAACAGUUUUUCAAAGUUGAUCUCUGCUGUUUGCAACUUCAAAAAUAAUGCUCAGGAGACAUAUUUGUUUGUCUCGAAUCUCUGAUUUUGUCAUUUCCAUGUAAUUUCUUUGCUUACUUUAAGUUCCAUAGCAAUUGAGGGCGAGUAAUUGGCAAAAUUAAACAAAAUGAACUGGACUGCCGUGACACAGCGCCUUUUAAGACAGUUGUUCCAUGUACAGUUGAAUCUCUUGUAUGCUAGCACCUGAAAUCUCAAGAUCACGUGGUCACCUUUGGGAGAUGGUAACUUACAGAAUUAGCGAAAGGAAAAAGCCAUCAUUUCACGACAAUACCACCACCAGUUUCCCCAUGAGAUGAAGUCUGAGGAAUGAGUGCAGAAAUUCCAUACUGAUGACCCCACUACCUAGAUGGAACUAGUGCUUCUGAUUGGUUGAAGCAAACUUGCUACAUUGUGCGUCCAAUCAGGAGCACUAUCCAGAUGUGGGUAGUGAUACAUUACUAGUAUGAAUUUCUGCACUCAUUCCUCAGACGUCAUUUCAUGGGGAAAUACUACUGAGAUCUUUAAAGAAAAUCAUGAGUGACCAUGUGUUUUUGAUUGAUAGUAAUGAUUAUCAAAUUAUUAGAAAUAGGAACUAGAGAUAAUACUUACAGUGCAACCAGAAAAACUGUGAACACUUGAAAUAUUUCAGGAAUGUUUAUUGUGUUAUGACCAAUCACAGCAAAGACAAGAACAUGCAAAGUAGCCACAAAACCACAAACUAAUUACAUUCUAGCUUGCAGUCUAAUUUUCUUGCAACACAAUAACAUGCCAGAAAUAUUUCUGGUGUUCAUGGUUUUCCCUGUUUGGCUGUAAAAGAGUUGAAAUGAAUGAGUUGAAGUUGAAACUAAGUUUCUACAACUUUAUUUUUAUGGUGUGGAAAAGGUUUGCAUAGUAACAGGAGAGACAUUACCAUGUGUGGGUUCAAUUCCCCUUUAUUGGUAAGGCCAUAAGACAAUUCAAGGCCUGAAAUUUUUAAGACUUGAGACAAUUUUAAAGCCUUGAAAGAUCUUUAGUUCAGUGCUAUGAUUUGCCACACCCAUAAGUCGAAUGUAACAAGACAGAUGAUCAUAACAAAAUGAUAAUAGAUCUCUCAUUUCGAUGGCAAAAAUUUUCCUCAUUGCUGUGCCUUAUUGCCUCCAGUCCACCCUGAAGUUGCAGAAAUCCUUCGGAAGUCUAAAGUGCAGAAGGUUGGAGAUAAAUGGCAUAAGCCCAAGAUCAGUGCUAGAAGAUUGGCAGAUUUGAGGAAACAAUAUAUAGCUAAAGGUUAUUACUGGCCUGAGAAACCCAUGGUGGAUAGGGGUCUAGACAGAAUGCCGAAAGGACAUAAGUACGAGAGACGGAAGGAGGAAAGGUGUGUGAGAAUUUUGUCAUUUUACGUUUAAAGCCUUUAUUCCUGUCACUCCCAGAGCUUAUAAUCAAAACCUAUAGUGUAGUUGUUACUUUUGAAUCUGUACAAAACUAAGAGAUGUGACCAUUCAAAUGAAACCUCUUCAGCAGUACCUUUUAGUUUCUAGCAUGGUGCCACUUGAGUGUUUUAUGCACUUUCAUUGUUUUGGCUUUAGAGUCUGAAGGUGAAAUCCUAUGGAACACGUAUAACCAUUCAAAUGAAACUUCUUCUGCAGUUACUACUUUCAUGCAAUACUAUUUAUCUGUAAAGUAAACAGUGAGACUUGUGGCCGUCUUCGGCGUGACAAAUUCAGCAAGGUUAUCCCCAACACAGUUUUACCUGGGUGGAUUGACCCCAGUUUUCAUUCCCGAAUCAAAAAAACAGUUAAACUCGGCUGAACAUCAAAAGUAAAUUAGCUUCUUAACCGUUCAUGUUGUUCUUGAGCAGCAUAAUUAAAAAUAUAAAACUGUUCUAGUGAGGCCUUAAACUGCUGUUUAAAAAGUAAAAUCUUUUUAAACAGCAGUUUAAGGCCUCACUAGAACAGUUUUAUAUUUUUAGCUUCUUGCUGUUUGCCAUAAUUAUUGCACAAAUAACUGCCAUGUUGAAUUCUAAAAAAAAAGUGUUGAUUAGUUUGGGCAAGUCAAAGGAGUGGUGAUCCUUCUAAGUGAUAAAAUAAAAAAUGUAGCCACUCAUUAUCAACCUAAACAAGCAGCUUUGACCCACUCAAGAAUUAUGCCUUCAGGAUAAAGCUGCUUGGAAACUCUACCCCGAAUUCACAGAGGCUUGCAGUGCCCCACACACCAAGCCUGUUUUUAGGUCCCCCAAGUGUGAUCUUUGAUGCUCCCCAAAGAGAAGAUGAGGGGAUUGUGGGGGGGGGGGGGGGGGGGGGGGUGAUUUUCCCAAAAACCGUGUUGUUCUAAGGGGGAAGCAGAGGAGGUCCCCACUUUGCAGGUGUGGGGCGGGAAAAAACGAGGGGGGAGAGAAAGAAGGAGAGUGCUGGGGGGGGGGGGGGACAUCACCANUACCAAAUGCAGAGGCUCUGAUAUUGACCUUUGUACUGACAACAUUUCAGGUUGGUUAAGAUUGAGGAGAACAUGAAGAACAUGCCGAAAAUUAUUGAGGAUUAUCGUAAAAGGAUGCAUGAGCUCAGGGCAAAACGAAAAGAAGAAAAAGAGCAAGCAAAACUCAAAGCACUUGAGGCACAAAGACUUGGACUUAACUUGCGUGAUCCACGAGCUUUGCAGAUAUUAGGUGGACAGGAGAAGAAAUCUAAUAAGAAAAAGUUCCAAAAAAAGACGUGA